AUGGGUAAAGAAUCAAAAAAAGAGAUAGAAAAAUCAACAAAUGGUGAAAAAUUUGAUGAUGAAAGUAAAAAGAAAAAGAAAAGUAAAAAACACAAGAAGCAUAAAAAGGCAGCUGGGCAUGAUGAAGAGGAUGGCUUUAAAAAAAAGAAAAAAUCUAAAAAAGAAAAACAUAAAAGCCUUAAACCUGAAAGUGAAACAUCUCUUUCUGAUGUAGAAGAACUAAUAACCAAGUCUCGGCAAUGGGUACCAGCAAACAAAAAAUCUUCACAUGCAUCACCAAUUUUAGAGAAGGACACUUCUAACAAAGAGAAGGCACCUAAAACAAAAAAUGGCGACGCUGUUGUUGGUAAAUCGCAUGGUUCAACUAAAAAUAAAGCAAAUACAAAAUUAAAUAAAGAUGAUGCUUUAGAAAUUAUUUCAUCUAAUUCAGAGACAGAAAAUUACCAAGACGAUUGUGCAAGUCCAGAACUAGCUUUAAUAGAAGAUGACCUUAACCUUGAAGAGCUAAUGAAACAAAAAGAACUUUUACAAGCUCGUUUAGUUGCUUAUUUUUCAGACAAAAGUGAUGAAGACAGUGAACACACCAAAGAAAAUGCAGGAAAUGACGUAAUUUGUAUAAAUGACGAUGACGUUAAAUCACCUUUGGCUAAAAAAAGCCGUAAGAAUCGGGACCAUGACGAGAAACGGAGUGGGAAACACAAGUCAAGUAAAGAUCGCUCAUCUGAAAGAGAUAAGCAUCGUUCAAAACGUUAUGAAGAAGACUUAAGAGUAAUAAUAGACAGGGAAAACAGAAAAGAGAUGGAAAAACGGCUAGAAGAGAGAGAAUAUCGAGAAAGAAAGGAGAGAGAACGUCGCAAACAUGAGGAAAGAGAGAGAGAAAGGGAACGAGAACGGGAAAGAGAGCGAGAAAGAGAGCGCGAAAGAAAGCGGGAACGAGAGAGAGAAAGAGAUCGGGAACGUGAUCGUGAUAGAGACCGUAGAUCAAUAGAACGCAAACGAAAAGAUAGAGAAAGAAGUCAUCGUCGUUCAAGAGAACGAUCUCCAACUUCACGACGGGAUCGAAGGCAUUCAGAACGUGAACGUCGAAGUCGAGAUCGACUUAGGGGACGAUCGAGAGAUAAUAAUUCCAAAGUAGACCAUAGAGAUAGGCAUAAGGCAUCAACAAAUGAAGUUGCACAAAUUGUAGCUAGUUCAAGUGAUGAAGAACUUAACAUAUCUAUUAACACAGACGAGGAAGAAGAAACUGAAGAGCAAAUAAUAGAGAGAAGAAGAAAGCAGCGUGAACAGUUAAUGCAGAGAUUAGGUGUAAAGAACAAUGUUAACACUGACACGGGCAAAAUAACACCACCAAUAAUAGAAAUUAAAUCUGACAAACAAAAGACUGAAACGUCUGAAGUGAAAAACCGUAAAGAUCUUAAUACCCUAUCCGAACACAUUGUAACAGAGCCGAAAGUGGAUACUAAAACGGACAUAAGUGAAUCAGUUAAAAAUUCCGAAAAUGAAACAAAAAAUAGUUUAAAAUCGGAAAACUCUGCAAAAGGCAGUGAAUGGGACAUGUUUGCAGAUCAGGACAAUUUUGAUAGUGUUGAUACUCCAACUACGGGGAAACCAAAAAAUAAAAAUGCUUUGGAAAAUCCUUCAUUAACUGACAAUUGGGAUGACGCUGAAGGAUACUACAGAGUUCGUAUUGGUGAAACACUGGACAACAGAUAUUCAGUGUAUGGCUAUACCGGACAGGGUGUAUUCUCAAAUGUUGUCCGAGCAAGAGACAUAGCCCGGGGCAAUACUGAUGUUGCUGUCAAAAUCAUCAGAAAUAAUGAAAUUAUGCAUAAGACCGGAUUGCGAGAAUUGGAAAUUUUAAAGAGGCUUAAUGACUCAGAUCCUGAUGACAAGUACCAUUGCCUACGUCUUUUUCGUCAUUUCUUUCAUAAACGACAUUUGUGUAUGGUACUAGAGCCCUUAUCAAUGAACCUGAGAGAGGUCUUGAAAAAAUACGGCAAAAACAGCGGUAUACAUAUAAAGGCCGUACGGAGUUACACUCAACAGAUAUUACUUGCCUUAAAACUGCUGAAGAAAACUGGUAUUUUACAUGCUGAUAUUAAACCUGACAACAUACUUGUUAACGAGAGCAAGUUAGUCUUAAAACUUUGUGACUUUGGUGCAGCAUCGCAUAUAACUGACAAUGACAUUACACCAUAUCUGGUCUCCAGAUUUUACCGAGCACCUGAAAUAAUUCUCGGAGUGCCGUAUGAUUACGGCAUAGAUAUGUGGUCAACUGCUUGCACAAUAUAUGAGUUGUCUACAGGAAAAAUUAUGUUCAGUGGCAAAUCCAAUAAUGAAAUGUUAAAGUAUUUUAUGGACUUAAAGGGAAAGAUUCCUAAUAAAAUAAUAAAGAAAGGUCAUUUUAAGGAGCAACAUUUUGAUGCAAAUUGCAACUUUUUAUAUCAUGAAUUGGAUAAAAUUACAGAACGGGAAAAAGUGGUGAUAAUGUCAAGCAUAAAACCAACUCGUGAUUUGCAAACGGAACUAGCUCCUGCUCAUCACCGCCUGCCGCCAGCAGAGGCUAAGAAGAUAGCUCAAUUGAAAGAUCUCCUUGAAAGGAUGCUUAUGUUAGACCCGGCGAAGCGGGCCUCCGUCAACCACUGCCUCACGCAUUCAUUCAUUCAGGAGAAAAUUUAA